CGUUCAAAGUGGUCCUUUUUCCUUUUCAAAAUCCAAAAAGAUGGCACCUCAUCACAACAAGUCACCAUAAACAUCACACUUGCUUUGCUUUAAACCCAAAAUGAGCACCUAAGAAAGAAAAAAGAUAUUAAAGAUAUGAUAAUAUAUGAGGAUUUGGUUAACCACUAUGUAACACUCCUUCAUUCCUUUUUUCCCAAAAUACACACACACACACACACAAUCUUAGUAUUAUUUAAGGCCUCAAUUCUAAAAGUUCCAAACAAAGGGAAGAAAAUGGGGAUUAUGAAUGAUCCUUCUGUUCUUUUUCUACAUCUAUGGUUAUUCAUAAUGAAGUGAAAUUUGAGUUUUUAGUAUUAUUUAGUGUAAUGGAACCUCCUCAUGAUUUCUGGUCUUCAAUAUGGAGCUUGUUUUGCUUUCUACCAUAUUUCAUCAGCCUUUUUAUUCUAGGCAACAUCAAAGGUAUCAUUUUCUGUCCAGUAAUAUGUUUAAUCAUGACAAUCGGAAACUCAGCCAUCAUACUUGGUCUUUGGUGCAUUCAUACUACAUGGACAUAUUACUGUGUUGUAAGAUGUAAACAAUUAGGACCAUUACUGAAGUUUGUGAUGUGCACAAUUUUACUACCAGUGCUGUUGAUUUUAUGGCCAGUGUUGGGAAUUGUUGGAAGUAUUGUAGGUGGUGCAGCUUAUGGAUUUCUUUCACCAUUAUUUGCUACUUUUGAAGCUAUUGAAGGAGAAAAAGAGAACAAAACUUUCCACUGUUUUAUUGAUGGAACGUGGAGCACCAUUUUGAAGACCUUUGAUAUUGUGAUGGAUGUAAGAGAUGCAUGCUUCCAUACUUAUUUCUCUGUUAUGGAUGAUCUGAGACAAGACGGACUGCCAAAUGGAAAAUAUUACGAGAUCAGGCCACAUUAUUUUCCUGGUGCUGUUGUAGCAGCUAUUCUUGGCAUCAUAGUUGAUGUGCCGAUUAUAUCAAUUGUUGCCUUAUGUAAAGUUCCAUACAUGCUUUUUAAAGGUUGGAACCGUUUGUUUCGUGACCUCAUUGGUCGCGAAGGCCCUUUCUUGGAGACAAUAUGCGUGCCUUUUGCAGGCCUUGCUAUCCUUCUAUGGCCAUUGGCUGUUGUCGGUGCGUUUAUAGCAUCUGUAAUAGCAAGUAUCUUUCUUGGUGCUCGGGCAGGAGUUGUUGCCUAUCAGGAGUCCUCUUUCUUGUUUGGCCUUCGGUACAUUGUCGCAACUUUGUCUCUUUAUGAUGAAUAUAGUAAUGAUGUUCUUGACAUGCCGGAAGGAUCUUGCUUCCCAAGGCCUAAAUAUCGACGAAAAAAGAUUGAAAUAUCACGAACAAUGUCGCAUUCAAAUUCCUUCUCAAGAACUAAAUCCUUAACAAAAACUAUUUCACGUACAAUUUCUCUAACUAAUAACAUAGCUGAGUUGAAACCAUUUGAGUUAUUGGAUGGUUUGUGCAAGGAAUGCCUUCAUUUAGGAGAAACAUUGGUUUCUCAAGGACUAAUAACACAUGAUGAUAUCCAAGAAGCCAUGUUUGGCAAAGAGAGUAAAGUCAUUAGUAUUGGUUUACCAGCUUAUUGUCUUCUUCAAGCCCUUUUGCGUUCUAUUAAAGCCGAUUCCCUCGGUAUAUUGAUAACUGAUGAUACUGAACUAACUACUACAAACAGACCAAAGGAGAAGUUUUUUGAAUGGUUCCUUAAUCCUCUUUUGAUCAUUAAAGAUCAAAUCAAAGCUGAAAAUCUUUCUGUGUCAGAAGAGGACUACCUUUGCAAAUUAGUUCUCUUCAAUGGUGAUCUUGAUAGGGUAAAAAAUUUAACUUUUGGUCCUCCUCCCGAAUCCGACCGCAAACUAGCCGAGCUCGACGCAUUGGCUAGAAGGCUUCAAGGUAUCACAAAAUUUAUUACAAGGUUUCCGACAUACAAAAGGCGAUUCGAUGUUCUUGUGAAAACAUUAUCUGAAGAGCUUGCUGAUAAACAUGGAACUUCAACAAUAAUCAGAUCAAAGAGUGCUUUUCCUCGUAUUUUUAGUAUGAAAUCAUUCAAAGUCAACAAAAGUAAUGGUUCUGAUGAAGAAUCUGAACUUGAAAGAGAUUCAGAAUCUUCAUUAUAAGAAAUUUAAGAAUAUCAUGUUAUGUAA